CUCGGCGCUCUGAGGCGCGGGGUGCGGCGGGCGCAGGGCUCAUGUAAUCAAAGAAGUUUCUUUGUUGUGUGUAUCUUUUCAGAACACAACAGGAAUUGAAAAUGAAUCAGAACGCCCCUGAGCCUGUGGCAGCCCCCGAGACUCUGGCCGAGGUGCCUGAACAUGUGCUUCGAGGACUUCCGGAGGAAGUGAGGCUUUUCCCAUCUGCUGUUGACAAGACUCGGAUUGGUGUCUGGGCCACUAAACCAAUUUUAAAAGGCAAAAAGUUUGGGCCAUUUGUUGGUGAUAAGAAAAAGCGAUCUCAGGUGAAGAAUAAUGUGUACAUGUGGGAGGUCUACUACCCAAACUUGGGAUGGAUGUGCAUUGAUGCCACCGACCCCGACAAGGGGAACUGGCUGCGCUAUGUGAACUGGGCUUGCUCCGGCGAAGAGCAGAACUUAUUUCCGCUGGAAAUCAACCGGGCCAUUUACUAUAAAACUUUAAAGCCAAUCGCGCCGGGCGAGGAGCUCCUGGUCUGGUACAAUGGGGAAGACAACCCCGAGAUAGCCGCGGCGAUCGAGGAAGAGCGAGCCAGCGCCCGCGGCAAGCGCGGCUCCCCGAGGGCCCGCAAAGGGAAGAAAAAAUCCCAGGAAAAUAAAAGCAAAGGAAACAAAACGGAAGAUUCACAGCUGAAGACAAGUGAGCCCAAUUCCACCUCUGCAAAUAUGAGAGAUUCUGCGGAAGGUCCUAAAGAAGAGGACGAGAAGCCUGCAGUGGCCGCCAUCGAGCAGACAGCGCCCCCGCAGGAGGCGGUCAGUCGGGAUGCGCUUCCGGAACCGGUGAUCCCUCCUCCCGCCUGCGAGCCUCAGACGGAGCCAGGUGAGACGCGCGAGGCCACAGGCUGUGAGACCCAUGACUUGGAGGAGGAGGACGAGGACGACGAGGAGGACGACGAGGACUUGGAGGAGGAGGGGGAGGAGGACCCUGAGCUGCCGCGGGACGGCUCCGAGAGGGAGCCCGAGAUUCGGUGCGACGAGCAGCUGGAGGAUUUACUAGAAGAACCAAAAGAUACUUCAGAAGAAACCCUAGAAGACUCGGCAGACGUAGCACCGGUUGCCACCACCCCCACAACGAAAGAAGAGGCCAAUGGCGACGUCUUUGAGGCGUUCAUGUUCCCGUGUCAGCACUGCGAGAGGAAGUUCACCACCAAGCAGGGGCUGGAGCGCCACAUGCACAUCCACAUGUCCUCCGUCAACCACGCCUUCAAGUGCAAGUACUGCGGGAAGGCCUUCGGCACGCAGAUCAACAGGCGCAGGCACGAGCGCCGCCACGAGGCGGGACUGAAACGGAAGCCCAGCCUGGCGCUGCCGUCCCCGGAGGACCCAGCGGACGGCCAGGUCUCAGGCGACAGCGCCGCCCCCAGGGCCGACUCGAACCCUCCUGGUCUUGGGCAAGACUGUCUGAUCUUGAAUUCCGAGAAAGCUGCCCAAGAAACAGUAAAUUCUUCUGUUGUGGAAGAGAAUGGAGACGUGAAAGAGCUUCAUCCGUGCAAAUACUGCAAAAAGGUGUUUGGGACUCAUACUAACAUGAGGCGGCACCAGCGGCGUGUUCACGAGCGCCACCUGAUCCCCAAGGGCGUCCGGCGGAAAGGAGGCCUGGAAGAGCCGCAGCCCCCCGCGGAGCAGGCCCAGCCCGCCCAGAGCGUCUACGUCCCCAGCACGGAGCCGGAGGAGGAGGGGGAGGCCGACGACGUGUACAUCAUGGACAUUUCUAGCAAUAUCUCCGAGAACCUCAAUUACUACAUCGAUGGUAAAAUUCAGACCAGCAGCAGCACUAGUAACUGUGACGUGAUUGAGAUGGAGUCCGGCUCAGCAGACCUGUACGGCAUCAACUGCUUGCUUGCUCCAGUCACAGUGGCGAUAACGCAGAAUCUGAAGACCCCUCAGGUCCCUGCAGCAGAUGACCCUCCGAAAGAACCUUCCGGCAGCACAAACCCUGAGUCCAAGAAGCGGAGAACUGCCAGUCCUCCUGCGUUACCCCAAAUCAAAGCUGAAGCAGAGUCAGAGCCCACAGGGGCGCCCUCGUGUUCCUUAAGCCUGCCUCUGACCCUGUCCACCAUGGAGGCGGUGUCUGCCCACAAAGAGAAAGGUGUGCAUUUGUCAUCGAAGCUCAAACAACUUCUGCAGACCCAGGACAAGCUGCCUCCUCCCGCGGGCAUCUCUGCAACAGAGGUGCCCAAGUUGGGCCCGGUGUGUGUGUCAGCACCCGCCUCCAUGCUGCCCGUCACCUCCAGUAGGUUCAAACGGCGGACCAGCUCUCCCCCCAGCUCGCCACAGCACAGCCCUGCCCUGCGAGACUUUGGAAAGCAAAGCGAUGGAAAAACAGUGUGGACCGAUGCAGUGCUGAGCUCCAAAAAACCCAAAUUAGAAAGUCAUAGCAGCUCGCCAGCGUGGAGUUUGUCUGGGAGAGAAGACUCGAGAGAAACUGUGAGUCCGCCCUCCUUUGAUGACUAUAAAGUCUCUAAGGAGUGGGCGGGUGGUCCUCCUUUUAGCAAUGUGUGCAACCAGCAGCCCCUGGACCUAUCCAGCGGGGUGAAGCAGAAGGCUGAGGGGGCAGGCAAGACUCCGGUCCACUGGGAGUCUGUGCUGGAUCUCAGUGUGCAUAAAAAGCCUUGUGGCGACUCUGAAGGGAAGGAAGUCAAGGAAAACCAUGCGAUGCCGCCGGCCUGCAGUGGCGUCAAGAAAAAGAAACCGACCACCUGCAUGCUGCAGAAGGUUCUUCUCAAUGAGUACAACGGCAUCGAUUUACCUGCAGAAAAUUCUCCAGACCUGCCCAGCAGCCCGAGUCCUUGUAAAUCCCCAGACCCCCAGCCGGGUCCUGAGCGUGGGCCCGAUGCCAGUUUACCUGCCUCCGCUGCAGCCGAGUCCCCGCCAGAUGCUGCCCCACCCUCCCCCGCCCUCCAGACAUCUUCCCUCUCCUCCGGGCAGCUGCCUCCUCUCUUGACCCCCACGAAGCCCCCCUCGCCCCCGCCUUGCCCUCCCGUGUUGACUGUCGCCACGCCCCCCCCUCCUCUCCUCCCUACUGUGCCUCUCCGCCCCUCUCCCCGCGCCUCCCCCCGCCCCUGCCCCUCCCCCCUCUCCAACGCCGCUGCGCAGUCCCCACUGCCGAUCCUGUCGCCCACGGUGUCCCCCUCCCCGUCCCCCAUUCCUUCUGUGGAGCCCCUCGCCUCCGCCGGGUCCCCCGGGCCCCCCACGCUCUCUUCCUCCUCUUCGUCCUCCGCCUUCUCCUCCUCCUCCUCCUCCCCCUCGCCCCCUCCUCUCUCCGCAGUGUCCUCUGUGGUGUCCUCUGGGGACAAUCUGGAAGCUUCUCUCCCCGUGAUCACUUUCAAGCAGGAGGACUUAGAGGGUGAGGGCCCGAAGCCCAGGGAAGAAGGCCAGUCUGUCGUCGAGCAGGACAUCGGCCCGGAGACGUUCAACAAGAACUUUGUCUGCAAUGUCUGUGAAUCACCUUUUCUUUCCAUUAAAGAUCUCACCAAACAUUUAUCUGUUCAUGCUGAGGAAUGGCCCUUCAAAUGUGAAUUUUGUGUGCAGCUUUUUAAGGCUAAGACUGCUUUAUCCGAACAUCGCUUUUUACUUCAUGGAGUUGGGAAUAUCUUUGUGUGUUCAGUUUGUAAAAAAGAAUUUGCUUUUCUGUGCAAUUUGCAGCAGCACCAGCGAGAUCUGCACCCGGAUAAGGUAUGCACACACCAUGAGUUUGAAAGUGGCACCCUGCGGCCCCAGAACUUCACUGACCCCAGCAAGGCCCAUGCGGAGCAUGUGCAGAGCCUGCCCGGAGAGCCUCUGGAAACUUCGAAGGAAGAGGAGGAGUUAAACGACUCCUCUGAAGAGCUGUACACCACCAUAAAAAUCAUGGCUUCUGGAGUGAAGACGAAAGAUCCAGAUGUUCGGCUGGGCCUCAAUCAGCAUUACCCGAGCUUUAAACCACCUCCAUUUCAGUACCACCACCGAAACCCCAUGGGUAUCGGCGUGACGGCCACAAAUUUCACCACCCACAAUAUUCCCCAGACCUUCACCACUGCCAUUCGCUGCACCAAGUGUGGGAAGGGCGUGGACAACAUGCCUGAGCUGCACAAGCACAUCCUGGCUUGCGCGUCGGCCAGCGACAAGAAGCGGUACACCCCCAAGAAGAACCCGGUGCCGCUGAAGCAGACCGUGCAGCCCAGGAACGGGGUGGUGGUCUUGGAGACCGCUGGGAAAAACGCCUUCCGCCGCAUGGGGCAGCCCAAGCGACUGAACUUCAGCGUGGAGCUCAGCAAGAUGUCGUCGAACAAGCUCAAACUAAACGCGUUGAAGAAAAAAAAUCAGCUUGUCCAGAAGGCGAUCCUUCAGAAGAACAAAUCUGCCAGGCAGAAGGCCGAUUUCAAGGCCGCGGCCUCGGCGUCCUCGCACGUCUGCCCCUACUGCAGCAGAGAGUUCACCUACAUCGGCAGUCUGAACAAGCACGCCGCCUUCAGCUGCCCCAAGAAGCCCCUUUCUCCUUCCAAAAAAAAAGUGUCUCAUUCGUCCAAGAAAGGCGGACAUGUGUCACCUGCAAGCAGUGACAAAAACAGCAGCAGCAGCCGCCGCCGGACCGCGGACGCGGAGAUUAAAAUGCAGAGCACGCAGGCCCCUCUGGGCAAGACUCGCGCCCGCAGCUCCGGGCCUGCACCUGCCCCCCUGCCCACCUCGGCCUUCAGGUCCAAGCAGAAUGUUAAAUUUGCCGCUUCGGUAAAGGCCAAAAAACCAAGCUCCUCCUUAAGGAACUCGAGCCCCAUCAGAAUGGCCAAAAUAACGCACGUCGAGGGGAAGAAACCCAAAGCUGUGGCCAAGAACCAUUCCGCUCAGCUCUCGAGCAAGACGUCUCGGAGCCUGCACGUGAGGGUGCAGAAGAGCAAAGCCGUCUUACAGAGCAAGUCUGCCUUGGCCAACAAGAAAAGAACAGACCGGUUCAAUGUAAAAUCUAGAGAGCGGAGUGGGGGGCCCGUCACCCGCAGCCUGCAGCUGGCAGCCGCUGCCGACCCGAGCGAGAGCAGGCGGGAAGACAGCAGUGGCAGGCAGGAGCUGAAGGACUUCAGGAACUUCCUGUAGAAAAGCCCCCAAACAAAACAGCCCUUAAUUGACUAAACACAGAUCUUGCAUGCGCAACUUAGGAUAAGCACUACGGCAAAGGACACGCAGUCUGCCAAGCUUGCAGGACCAGUCGAAGCUGACUCAAAACCCUUACACAGCCGCUCGCCCCGGUUAGAGCCAGGCAUCUGCUCCCCGCCGGUGCCUGCCACACGUGCUGGGCUCCCGGGACCGAGCUCCAAAGAGGAGGGCACUGGCUGGUCGUCACGGCACCGGUAACUCAGACCCGAGUGUGGCCUUUGUUUUUGGCAAUGGCAGAGAGAGGAAUGAUUUGAACUUAACCUUGCAAAGCAAGUUCUGUUUUAUCUGUAGUUUGUUGUAGAUUUCAGGGAUGACAAAUUUUGAUGCACUCGUUUUAAAAAUGUUUUGGUCACACACCAGCUCUUGAUGCCUUUCUUUUAAAUUAAUUGUAGACAGAGAGAGAGAGGCAUGUAGCUUCUCUCUUAGCCUGUUUUUGUUUUUUAUCACAAGCAGAUUGCCAGCAUAAUGGAGAGGAAACCAGGUUGGAUAUGGCCCUUUGUUUUUUUAAGGCUGCCUCCAGUGUCACAUUAAAUAGCCAAAUGGACAUUGUCCUCUCAGGUCAUUAUCUGGCACUAAUUUAUAACUCCCGUAUUAUUGAGACUAUGUAGCAAUCCGCCAGUGCCCCGGAUGCAUCACAGACCUGUAGAGAUGUGUCUACACGUAAGUAUAGAUGGAUUUACAUCCCAGGGUUCACACAUCAGUGUCACAGAGAUGAAAAAGCGACAAAUUGACCUCUUCCUGAAUGUAGAAGUGUCGUUUCUCCAUGCAUUACAUGCCUUCCCCCGAAUUAAUGACUGAGUUGGUGGAAAAUAACUAGGUUUAUUCAUGGUUUUUUUUUUGUUUGUUUGUUUGUUUCUUGUUUUUGUUUUUUUUUUUUUUUUUUUUGUUCUCAACUUUAAAAGUAAUCUACCUCUUACAAUGUGUAGCUGAAGACUUGUUUGGUGAAUUUGUGCCACUUUAACCUUUUCACUAUCAUUCCCAUUUUGUUACAUUUCUGUUAUGGGGACUUUAUGUUGGAAUAUUGUAUAAAGCAUUUGUAGCAGUUUAAAAAUAAAAUAUUUAAAAUUAUUUAAAUUGUUUUGGACGCUUCAAUUGUAUUGUAUGUGAUUCACAUCUUACAUUUUUUUGUUUGAGUUGUUAAUCGGGAGCGUGUGCUUGUAUUGAAGUUUGCUGUUAGUUAUUUUAUUGUUUCCUGUUGGAGAGUGAUAUAAAAGACUAUUCUAAUGAAAACAUUAAAAUUUACAAUUUGACACACAAAAGGGGUUGUGCGUUGAUUUUAACCAGCGUAGCCUUGAGAGAGGGCGAGAGAGAGGUUCGUGAUGGGUAGCCGGGAGUGCUGUCUGCUGCCUUACCCUUCCAGCAUGAAAUAAAUCAUUGGAGCUUGUCAGAUGUAUACAAAAUUUUUUUGAUGCUUUUAUUAGCAAGCACUUAAUAACUAGGGGAAAUUCAAAUGAUACGUUUUAUAUCAUUGUAACCAAUAAAAAGACUUUAUAAAGCCUUGUGGAAGGACUGCAUUUUGUACAGCAUGCGAGCAGAGAGCUCCCCCGCCCUCCCUGCCUCUGCCUGGGCCACCUCUUCCUCCUGCCUCUGCCUGGGCCACCUCUUCCCGGGACUGCUUGGUGUCAACUGUUUCAAACUGCUGGUACCCCCUGGAGCACACGGGCCCAGGAGCUCCCGGGGGGAGCGUGCUUCGGAAAGCGCGAAGUAAAGCUUCCCGGGUGGGGUCUCCGCCUCUCCAGGCUGGCUGCCCACCUCUUCUGGUUUGGGGACUUUGUCGUUAGAGAGAUCCUUGAAGAAUGAAAGAAAUGGCAACAUUUGCAUUCAGUUUAUAUGAACUUGCUGCUGGUGGUUUCUUUUUAAGUGGAAAAAAAGGGUUGACUGUAAGCAUCUUCAUCGGGACUGACACGGUAGCCCUUGUCCUCGGGCGGGCGGUGCGGCCGAAGGCCCGCGCCUCACACUCCUCACUCGUGUUAGAAAAACCCAGGGCGGAAGCGGCGAGGGGUUGGUGGAGCCGCAAAGUAGCUUUUAGCUGGUGGUUUUACAUGCAGUGCCGCGCU